AUGUCCCUCAUCAGCGGCCUCUGCGAAAAUCGUAUGCCGCUUGUUUUAGUGGGGGAUUUCAACCUCCUUGAUAUCUCGUGGUCUCGGCUAUCUCACAAGCGGGGCACUAGGAAGUCUCACUUCGUGGAAUCCCAUAAUUUCAAGCAACUGGUGCUAGAGCCCACCCAUGAUUAUAACAUUUUGGAUCUUGUCCUUACGAAUUGCCCCUCUCUUAUUAGUAGCACGUCGGUUCGAGCACCUUUUUCAACAUCAGACCACGCUACAGUUUCCUUCAAUUGUCCACGAGUUGUCAUCUACCUGAACAAAAACGAACCAUUGACUUCGCUAGAGGGGACUAUAUAUCUAUCUGUAAUCAACUCCUUGCAAUAG